GCGAGCGUCAGGGGCCAUGAUCCGGCUGGGCGGCUGGUGUGCGCGGCGGCCCCGCGGCGCGGCGUUCCCGGCGGGGAGGCGCUGGCGGUCGGGCGGGCCGGCGGGCCGGGGGGCCGGCCGCGCCCUGCGGGUGCUGGUGGACAUGGACGGCGUGUUGGCCGACUUCGAGGGCGGCUUCCUCAGGAAGUUCCGCGCGCGCUUCCCCGACCAGCCCUUCAUCGCGCUGGAGGACCGGCGCGGCUUCUGGUUGUCCGAGCAGUACGGCCUCCUGCAGCCCGGCCUGAGCGAGAAGGCCAUUAGCAUAUGGGAAUCAGAAAAUUUCUUUCUUGACCUGGAGCCUCUACCAGGGGCUGUAGAAGCUGUGAAGCAGAUGGCCAACCUAGAAAACACCCAUGUCUUCAUCUGCACGAGCCCCAUCAAGAUGUACAAGUAUUGUCCCUAUGAGAAGUAUGCCUGGGUGGAGAAGCACUUUGGUCCUGACUUUCUGGAUCAGAUUGUACUGUCCACAGACAAGACCGUGGUCUCUGCCGACCUUCUUAUAGAUGACCGGCCAGACAUCACAGGCAAGUGGCCUGCGGCAGGGGCUGAGCCGAACCCCAGCUGGGAGCACAUCCUCUUCACAGCCUGCCACAACCGGCACCUGCAGCUGCCGCGCCCCGGCCGCAGGCUGCACUCGUGGGCGGACAACUGGAAGGCCAUUCUGGACAGCAAGCGGCCCCGCUGAGCUGGACUGCACUCUGGGCUUCCCCGCGGGGCCCCUGACCUCAGGGUGCCCGGCUUGGGGCCUGGGGGGUGGGGGGCUCCCUCUCAGAUGGCCCAGACCCCCUGCAUGUCUCCCUGCUCUCCCAGCCCUGCCAGGCCUUAAACUGGUCUCGGGGCAGGGCUGGCCCGGGGCCCUCGACGAGACACACGGGUGGCCGGGCGGUGCGGGGUUAGGGCUCCAGACCCAAGACACUGAGGGGCGGGCAGUCCAACUCCAUCCCUCAGGGAAGUCCCGCUGUCACCACCGGUCUGUGACCCCUUGGCCAGGUGCUCCAGGGUGAGGGCUGCGAGCAGGAGCAGGUGGGAGGAGUCCUCACAUUCUGGGCUGUGCAGCCCCUUCCCCCCUGCACCCUGAGCGAACACUCCCCGAGCUCCACGGCCCCCCAGGCUCCGUGCAGGGUGCACAGCACGCCACCAUGCCUUGGGCCGGCUCGGAGGUGUCUCGUUCUCCUGUCCCUCGGGCCCUGCUCAGGGCCCCACACUCGGCAGCCUUGAACAUUCGGUGAAGGCCUGCAAAAUAAAUGCGGUUCACGUGUCGCCCGAGGAUGUGGCCCCUCUAGCCCCUGUCCGAGAUCCUCUGGCGUCUGGCCUCUGGGCACCCAGCUAGCAGCACAUCUUGUAAGUACUUGGGUGGCCCCUGCACUGAUGAGGGGGGCUGAGGCGGGUGCAGCCUCAUUGCCCACUUCACCAAGGGUGCGGCAUGUCAAAGGAGGACUAGGCUGAGAGAGGAGCUGGUGGCCAGGUGGCCCCCUGCGUAGGCCCCCACCACAUUGACCGAUCCCCCUCACUGCAUCCUUCCCAUGCAUGCCCCCCAGGCCUCCGGCCCCUCCUGCCCUACACAGUUCAGAGCA